CCCUCACCAGUAGUCCGUCAGUUAGUUCGGUGUGGAGUUGUGAACAGGAGUGAGCCCGGGUGCGCCUGCUACCCUUACCGUGCCUAUCGCUUAAGACGCUCACGCUCUUCUGCAAGCUUAACCGACUAAAUUGCUUUUACGCGCCGCUGAAGGCUUGUCUUAGCUGUCACACACUGCUGGGAACUAAUCCACUUGGGCUGGACACUUGAUGUAACACACCCACACACUCUCUUAGAACCUGAGAGACGUUCAUCAUCGACUACUAGUGUCCGGUAACUCAUUGUCAGUGGACGUUUGGGCGGGCAGGCCAGAGUGGUACUAGGCAGUAUGGACAACCUGAGAAGAGACAGGGUAGGGCAGCGACCCUUCCACGAGCACACUGGUGACAACAUAUGCCCUAACAUGGUGCGAGGCAUCGACUAUCUCAGGGACCCUCGGCUUAACAAGGGUAUGGCCUUCACCUUGGAGGAGAGACAAGUACUGGGUCUCCAUGGGCUAGUCCCCCCACGUUUCAAAACACAGGAAGAGCAAGUUGACCUUUGUCUGAAGAAUGUGGAUCGCUAUCAAGAACCACUGAACAAAUUUAUCUAUCUAGCUGGCCUUCAGGAUCGCAAUGAACGUCUCUUUUAUAGGCUUCUGAGUGAAAAUGUAGAGGAGUAUAUGCCCAUUGUUUACACACCGACUGUAGGGUUGGCGUGUCAGAAGUUUGGCUUAAUCUUCCGUAGACCUCGUGGCCUCUUCAUCUCAAUUCAUGAUAAGGGACAUGUUUAUGAUGUCUUGAGGAAUUGGCCUGAGAGUGAUGUGCGAGCCAUUGUUGUAACUGAUGGCGAGCGUAUCCUUGGUCUUGGAGAUCUAGGUGUUCAAGGUAUGGGCAUUCCUGUUGGCAAGUUGUCUCUCUAUACUGCCUUGGCAGGAAUCAAGCCACAUCAGUGUCUGCCCAUCGUACUUGAUGUUGGAACCAACAGUAAGGAACUGCUUGAGGAUGAAUUCUACAUUGGUAAUCGUCAUGAGCGUGUGACAGGUCAAGCAUAUGAUGAUUUCAUUGAUGAAUUCAUGCAAGCAGUGGUUCAACGUUAUGGCCAAAAUACCCUUAUCCAGUUUGAAGACUUUGGCAACCAUAAUGCAUUCCGCUUCCUUGAGAACUAUCGUGGAAAAUACUGCACCUUCAACGAUGACAUUCAGGGUACAGCAUCUGUUGCUGUGGCAGGUUUGUUGGCCUCUCUGCGAAUUACCAAGACAAAAUUAUCACAGCACAAGUUCCUCUUCCAAGGAGCCGGUGAAGCUUCACUUGGUAUUGCAAACCUAAUUGUGAUGGCCAUGGUGGAGGAAGGUGUGCCAAUUGAAGAAGCUCGAUCCAAGAUCUGGUUAGUGGAUUCCAAAGGACUUAUUGUCAAGAACCGCCCCAAGGGUGGCAUCAGUGGGCAUAAGAUUUCUUUUGCCCAUGAUCAUGCCCCAAUGGAUAACCUUGCAGAUGUUGUCAAAGAUAUUAAGCCGACUGCUCUGAUUGGUGCUGCUGCCAUUGGAGGUGUGUUCACUCCUGAGCUUCUUAAAGACAUGGCUUCCUUCAAUGACCGCCCUAUCAUCUUUGCUCUCAGUAACCCAACACAUAAGGCUGAAUGUACGGCUGAGGAUGCUUACAAGUACACUGAUGGCCGGGCUGUGUUUGCCUCUGGUUCUCCAUUUGAUCCAGUGACACUAAAUGGCCAGACAUUCUACCCAGGCCAAGGCAACAAUGCUUACAUUUUCCCUGGUGUUGCUCUUGGUGUCAUCUGUACUGGUAUCCACCACAUUGAAGAUGGAAUCUUCCUCAUGGCAGCCAAGGCCCUUGCGGACUUGGUAACUGAAGAUGACCUUGCAAAGGGUCGAUUGUACCCACCUCUUUCCGACAUCAGGAAUUGCUCAUUGAAGAUUGCCAUCUAUAUUGCUGAACAUGCUUACAAGACAGGUAUUGCAUCAACCUACCCAGAACCAAAAGACAUGGCCAAGUUCAUAACUGACCAGCAGUAUAACUAUUUCUACGAUAAUCAUUCUGCUCUUCCUAAGACCUGGGACUGGCCUGAUCUUUCCACCUUCAAUCCAAAGCUUUAAUUGAGACUUAAAUAAUUAUAAUAAGUUACUAGGUGGCUGUAAUAACAAGCAUUAAGGCAACCACCAUUUUAUGUCUUAUGAGCUACUUUCAGAAAAAAAUGUCAUUUGGCUUGAAGCUCCCAACAUAUGCCGUCAAGUCUCUUCUACAGUUUUUUAUCCGUUGAUCAAAUGCUAACUUAUUGCUUCAUCCAUAACAAAAAGUUAAUGCAUAUGGUCAUUUCCUUGUUAAUGUAAUGAUGUUUGGUAUAUGAAGUUCUGUGUAAUUUAUUUGUUGGUAAAUGUAGACAUCUCAGUCCAGGUAAUUGAGUAGCUACAUUUACCAAAAAGAAAAAGAAAAACACCUUUUGUUAAGCAGUGUUUCAUACAGUCCCUUCCAUUUAGGCAUCUUGAAAAUAUUGUCUUACUCAAUAGCUAAUGCUUGACAUGUAAUCAACUCUGAAACAUUUAACAUCUGUGGUUUGAAGGUGGAUUUAAGUAUCCCAUAGAAAUGGUUGACCCUUCAUAGUUCUGGACAAAGAACAGAAUUUAUAUGUAAAUAAGCUGGCAGAGAGACUACAGUAUUUUGUGAUAUGUCAGUCUUGGUUUUUAUCAUUUAUGUGGUCUUUCACUAUGUCAGGUGGCCUCAACAAGAGUUUAUGCCGACCUGUUUGUCUACCAGUAUUUAUUUCCAUCCCUAAGCACAAUUUAUUUAAUUUUCUCAAACUCAGUCCUUGAGAUGGGGUCAAACUGCUGUAAAGUAGUAAUUGGGGUGUUGUUCAUUAAAGAGUGCACAGCUUGUGACUUUGUAAUGUCAAGUCCCUGAAUUAAACCCUUCUUGUCUGAGAAGUAUCAUCCAGUAAAGACGUAACAAUUGAUUUCAGUUUCAUCAUCAGUCUUAUAGCAUUAAAUCUGUUCUUGUUUCUUACUUGUCAGAAUCCUGGAACAUCAAGCUGCAAAAAGCAUUAUUUUGUCUGGCAGUUAUUUUAUUUGUGUUCUUUAAACCAUAUACAGCUAGAUGUCCCAAUCCUUAGGCUUGUGCCUUCUUGAUGAAAAGUAUUGUCAUUACAGUUUAAUAUCCUAUUCUGCAUUCAUCAUCAGGUUUUCUACAUCUUAAAAUUGGCUGUAUUAGUCUUUCAAUGUCAUGUCAUCUGUAUGAGAAGUUGUAGAAAUUGACAGUAUAUAGAAGCACCUUUAGUUUCAUGAGUUUCAACUUGCAGAUUAUUGUACAUUCAUGCACAUCUAAUUCUGUUUGUUAUUUAGGUAUUGUACUUGACCAUUGUGAACACCCUCUUGCAGGGGUAACACACUCCAUAUACAAAUUGAAGAACCAGAUUGAAUUUGGCAUGUUUGGGUGUGCAGCAGUUAGCAUCGUGUUCCUUAAUACCAAGUGGUCACAUACUGAAAAUCAAAGACUCCAAGAGUAAAUGAUCUUUCUUUCUGGUGGUAAAUAACUUAAUCAGAUGUUGACGUGAGCAGUGGUAUGAGAUUUUAUUGCCUGGUUUACUAGACUUGUCAUAACAUCAGAAGUACUUGGAGAAAUUAUCAACAUGAAAUCAAAAGCAUUAAGAAAAGCAAAUAUUUGAGAACAUAGGUUUGUAUUUGUCAUCUGGUAAAUUGUUCCACUCUGCUCUCAUAGGUUACAUCUCAAGUUAUUAAAUGCAUCUGUGAGACUUAGGACAUAACCUUACUCUUAACAGUUCUUCUCUCUAUUCGUUAAUCAUUUUACUUUUGUGUUCAAAAUAACUAAAUAAACAUCAAUAUUUUUUAUUCUCUUGACUUUUCUAGGUUAACUACAACUUAGUACUGUAUUGUACUGCAUUGCAGAAUGAAACAUUGAUUGCCCAUUGUAUUGUUUGUACUCAGGAUUGCAGAGUACAGUCGUGGUUAUUGCUUGUAUAUAUAGACAGCUAUCAAUUAAGGUCUAUGAGGAUAUCCAUAAUUUUUAUUUUCCUAAGGGAAAUAGAGAUGAUUUGUCUUAUAUUUUUCCAGAAUGUUUGUAAGGUAUAAAUGGUGUAACGUGUUUGCCAAAUUUUUAUACUAAGGGCCUGUAAACCAUGUGUAUUUAAAAAAAUCAUGGACUUAACUACCUAUUACAUGGACUUCAACUACCUAUCAUUUAACUGUAAGGUAUGAGUAGGAACCUUCACAAACAUCCAGAAGACAUACAGAGUGCUUCUAUACUUUUUUCACUGCUGUAUUUUACUGAAAGGAGUUACAGAGACAGUAUAAGUAAGUAAGUUUAACAUUUGUUAACAAAAUGAGAUGUAUUUAUUUCUUUAUCAUGUCUUAUAAACUGUAUGUAGUUGUGCAAGUAGAAUAAAUUGUAAGUACU